AUGGGAUGUCUACAGCACGCAUUCUUUGAUGGCUACAUCAACUUAAAAACCACUUUGAAACAAUUUGUGGAGCAAUGUGACAAUGCUUUAGAGAAGAAGGUGGAAAAUGAAAAUGGUGAAGAAUUUAAUUCUCUCAACUCAUACAUCCCAUGCAUAACUCAGUAUCCAUUUGAGAAGCAAUUUCAAAAAGCUUACACUAUUGCAAAAUUUAAAGAGUUCCAACAGGAGGUUGUAAGACAGCUUCAUUGCAAUUUAUCUUUGUAUACACAAGGUCUUGAUUUUUCAAUAUAUGAAUUGUUCGAGUUUAGGGAAAUAGUGUAUAGGCAUCAAAUUGUGGUGGUAAUGAAAGAAAGGGUUCAUGAGAUAUCAGACAAGUACAUUUUAAGAAGAUGGAACAAAAAUGUGAAAAGGUGCCAUAGUAAAGUGAUUAUCAAUUAUGACAACUCUUCAAUGUUGCCUGAAACAUGUCGGUAUAAUAAAAUGUUCAAUGUCUUCAAAGAUGUGGUUGAUUUGGCAACUGAUUGUGAAAAUAGGUGUGAUAUGGUGGUCGAACAGUUACUUGAACUAAAAGGGCAAUUGAAAGAAGAAGUUGAAAUUGAUUGUGGAAAUAAUAAGUCUAGUUUUGUGAGUAAUCAUCAUAAUUCAACCACUCAUGGAGAUGGUGUUUCGAAGUCAAAGGAGAGUAGAACCAUACUUGAUCCAGUUGUUUUACGUCAAAAAAGGAGGCCACCAUGUAAAAGGAAAUAG